AUGCCAGCAGACAGGAGCUACAAGAAGGCCCGCACGGGUCCAUCGGUACCCCGUCCAGGCCCAGCGGGGGCGACCGAAACGCACAAACCGCUGGCGCUGCAGCACCGAACGCCAGAUGGUGUUCCGGGACUGAGCAAGCUCAAGGCUUCCAUCAGGCAGACAAAGAGGUUCCUAGCCAAGGACGGACUCGAACCUGGACUCAAGAUCCAAACGCAGCGGAGGCUAGAGAGUCUCGAGGGGGAUCUAGCCAAGGCGGAGAGGCGGAACGUCGAGAUGAAGAAUGGGACAAAGUAUCACGCGGUGAAACCUGUGCUGAUGAAUGCAGAACGCCAGAAGCUUCUCCGGAUCAUCAAGAAGCAGCAGCGGCAAGUGGAUAAGCCCGAAUCGAGCUCGACCAAGGUUCAGGCGGCUGAGCAGAAGCUGGAGCAAGCAAGAGUUAUGCUCAACUAUGUUUUGAACUUCCCCAAUACCGAGAAAUACCUCUCCCUCUUCCCCUCUUCCAACUCUGACGACGCCGACGCCGACGCCGACGCCGACGCAAAAGCAGAAGCAGAAGCAGAAACUAAAGCCCGCCUCCCUCCCUACCUCGACGCAUCAACGCCCACCUCUGAACUCGACAAACCAAGCAAGCGGCGCCUGGAGAUUCUGCAUGAGAUGCAGAGGUUGAUGGCUGAGGGGAAACUUAGCAAUACGCCGGAUGUAGGUCUUUCGGCGGGAGAGGGGAAGGCGAAGGUGGAUAUUGAGAUUGGGGGUAGGGAAGCAGUACCGAAGUCUGAGGAGGGCGGGGCGACGGGGACAGCGGCAAAUGCGGAAGUGAAGAAGGAGAAGAAGGUGAAGAAGGAGAAGAAGGGGAAGCAGGGUAUGGUCGAAGAGAGCGGAGUGAAGGCGGCACCGACUCAAGCUGCGCUGAAGGUUGAUGAUGGGGGAGACGACUUCUUCGAGGAUUAG